CGAGCUUCCGAGCUUCUCGACCUCGUUUGCAUUCACUUUCUCAUAACCUUAAUCAACUAUUCAUAAGUUGCACUUUCUGCACAAUAUACUUUCUUUUGUAAAUAAUCUUUUUUGGUUUUCAUGAUGGAAUGGUCUUCAAAAUCUGCUUCAAGGGCAUACCUUGAUACCCUUCAACUGUGCGAGAAUAAAAAGAGAGAAGAUGGGAUAUGGAGAGUUGGAAAUCCUGAAAGCAAUGAACUUAUAUCAGCAUUAGCAGCGGGAAUGAAAGCGAAACUGAUGGUGGAAGUGAGUUCUUGUGUGUCCCUAUAUACCAUAGCUCUAGCAGUUGCUGCAAGACAAACUGGUGGGAGAUUGAUCUGUGUUAUCCCUAAGUCAGUCCUUGAUGAAUCCAAAGAAGCCAUCAUGAACUCAGGUCUUGAAGAGCAAGUAGAAUUUAGAACAGAAGAACCUUCAAAGCUACUAUCUUUCUAUCAUAACAUUGAUUUCUUUCUAGUUCAUUGCAAGGAUGACAACUACUCAAGGUUGCUCAACUUGGUAGAUGUUAGUAUGAAAAGAUCAGUAAUAGUAGUGGCAAAGCAUGUGCUUUCUCAUCAAAAAGGGCUAAGAUGGUAUAUAAGAGGAAAACAUGAAAAAUCACAAGUAAGAUCUCUAAGCCAUCCUGGGAAUGCCAUGGAAGUUUCAAGGAUUUGCAUGAAUGAUGACAGUGAUAAGAAAAGAAGAAAAAGUUCAUGGAUUGCAAAAUUUGAUGAGGAGAGUGGUGAAGAACAUAUUUAUAGAGUACCUCAGGUUCAUUGGUUCUGGAGUUGA